AUGCAUCCCCCGUCCCCCCAACUCCUCCGCGCCUUGCGCACCUCAAUCUCCCCCAACUGCAGCAGCAGCGCAAUCUGCACACAGCUCGCAUCUCGCUCCGUCUCCCCUCUCAGUCGACUGACCUCCUCCCCCCUCACAUUCCACCGCUACAACAGCAACGAUGCCCGUCCGACCCGGAUGAUCCCUCGCGCUCACAGCGCAAAGCCCUCCAGCCGAGACCGCGGCCCGCCGUCCAAGGAAGACACUCAGACGGACUUCAGUGCCCUCAACGUGCUGGGAAACAUCCCUGCCCCGACGACCGCUAUCGACGCUACUCUUGAUACGGGAUUUCAUCUGGACAAUGGCGUCAAGAUCACCGGUGGGGAUGGAGUGUUCCUUGUUGGCGGAGAAGCUUUCGUCUGGCGGCCGUGGCAAGGUGCUGAAGCGGGGAAGAACAGUAUGGUCAAUCAGAAGGGCCAGUUUGAGGUUCCGGAGCAUGCGUGGGGAAUUUUGGAUCUGGUUUGGCCUCGUCCGGAUAUGUUGAUUAUUGGCAUGGGAGAGACUGUGUUCCCUCUGUCGCCGGAGACCAAGAGACAUGUCAAUUCUUUGGGAGUUCGGGUGGAAGUGUUGGACACGAGGAAUGCUGCUGCGCAGUUCAAUCUGUUGGCUACGGAGAGAGGCGUGUCGGAGAUUGCUGCGGCUAUGAUCCCAAUCGGAUGGAAGGGGAGGUAG